AUGGCUUGUAGCCCCAAUAACGAUAAAAUUACUACGAUUAUUAAUGCACUGGCUGACGGUGGUUUUGUCAAAGCGGGUUAUGAGUUUUUUCAAAUUGACUGCGGCUGGGCUGCAAGAGACGGGCAACGAAACGCGACAACUGGGGCGCUAAAUAUUGACUGGAAUGCAUUUCCUCAGGGGCUUAAACCUUUAAGUGACCUUGCAAGGUCUAAAGGAAUGAAGUGGGCAAUGUACUCGGAUGCUGGUAUACGGAUGUGCGAUACUCAGGUACCAAGUCCUGUUCUCGGCUCUCUUAACCAUGAAGCGGUUGAUGCGGACUUUUUCCAGACCCUGAAUACGGAAUAUGUCAAGUCGCAAAAUCAGAAUGCUCCUAAAAGCCCAAGGACUGAUUUCACACAAAGAUUUACGAAAAUGUGGAUUGAGUUGCAGAGAGUAGGAAUUCCAGGAAUGCUCGUCUGUCAAUGGGGCACUCCAUUCUCUACAUCCAGCGGACUUCAGGGACCAGCUGAAUGGACGCAGGGCAUAUCAACUUCGUUCCGACUAUCGGACGAUAUUGCCAUGGGGUGGGGCAAUAUAUAUCGCAUCUACAAUCAAGCUAUCUAUGUCGCUAAAUCUGGAUAUAUUGGCCCCGGACAUAUAGCUGAUGCCGACUUGCUCGAGGUUGGGAAUGAGGGUAUGACUUUUGAUGAACAAGCUACUCACUUUGCGUCCUGGGCAAUGCUUAAAUCCGCGCUUAUGAUUUCAACUGAUAUUACUCAGUUGUCAAAGGACACCAUUGCUAUCCUUCUGAACAGGGACUUAAUCGACAUUAAUCAGGAUGCAGCUGUCAAGCCAGUCGAGCUCGUGCAACGCUGGACAGGAGAUCGAGAUCUCUGGGCUGGUGAUCUAGCAAAUGGCGACCUCGCGGUUCUAAUGGUAGACUUGAGCAAUGUCCGUCGUACUCUAAGCCUCAAUUUAGCGGGACUUGGGAUUGUUUCUGCUACUAUCAAAGACCUUUGGACUGGUAUCGUUACGAACGACGUGACCAGUUUUUCCAAGCAAGUCAAUGGACAUGGAUCCCUCGCCCUUCGUCUGUCCAACAUCCAGCGAGCCCCCGCCUCGGCGUCAAAUUACACCUACAUAACGGUUGCAACUGGCUCUAUAUCAUCUGGUGCAAAUAUUCAGCCUUGCACAGGGUGCAGUUCCUCAAGCAAGGUCGGCAAUCUAGGAGGUAGCUCGAAUGGUCGAGUAGUCCUCUCAAACGUCUAUACCUCUCAAACUACACAGAAUGUGAAGUUUGAUUACAUCAAUGCCGAUGUAGGAUAUCUUGGUGGUGGUAAUAAUGAGCGCUUGGCUUCAAUCAGCGUGAACAACGGCCCGCAGCAGAUAGUCAGCUUCCCCUUGAGCGGUUACAACUGGGAUACAGAUAUCAAUAAGGGUUACAGCGUAGAAUUGUCUGGCUUCUAUACCAACCGGCAAAACAGUAUCAGUAUCUCUGGCGUAGGGAAUGCUUGGGCACCUGAUUUUGAUAGGGUUGGGGUAAUAGGGUAA